AACAAUGGAAAGUGUGUCAAUAAAGUCGAUAUAUUGAAUAAAAUAUGAAAAAUGUUAUUGACAUAAAUUAUAAUAAAAAUGCUUAAAUAGAGUUAUAUGGGUGUGAUUAUCUCUCUAGUCUCCCCCUAAAAGGCAAUCUCUUGGACAAAGCUCUCCCACCUCAAUUGAUUCCAAAAGCCAAAGGCCCCAGGACCCACUUGUUCAACCUCCCUGUUGCUUGACUCCACCAGAAUCAUCAGCCACCACAAGAUAAUGAAACAACUUUUCCUACCCAUUAACUUGUCUCCACGUGUCACCUGUGGAUUCUCUCCCCACUUGGUAGUUGCCUAGUUGUCAUUUUCCGUCCUUUGCCCCUUCACAUUUCACAGUGCCCCAUAAGUCUCCAGCAUUCUUGCUCAACUUCACUACUCCAACUACAAGUUUUACAACACAAAAUAGAGAGCAAGAAAGAAAAGAAAAGAAAAGAGAAACCAAAAUUAGUCAGUCCAAUGUUGAAAAAAGAGAAGAGUGGGGGGUUUGAUGGAAGUAGCAACAAUUGGGCAAGGGUGUGUGACAGUUGCCAUUCCGCAACAUGUACCGUUUACUGUCGGGCGGAUUCCGCCUAUUUGUGUGCGGAUUGUGAUGCCCGCAUACAUGCAGCAAGUCUCAUGGCUUCUCGCCACGAGCGUGUAUGGGUUUGCGAAGCCUGCGAGCGUGCCCCUGCAGCCUUUCUUUGCAAAGCGGAUGCUGCCUCACUUUGUGCCUCUUGCGAUGUUGACAUCCAUUCUGCAAACCCCUUGGCACGUCGUCACCACCGUGUCCCAAUUAUGCCCAUUCCAGGAACCCUCUAUGGUCCUCCAGCUGUUCACACCGUUAGCGGUGGUUCUAUGAUGAUCGGUGGGACCACAGGGGAAGGCACGGAGGAUGAUGGAUUCUUGAGUUUGACUCAAGAUGCAGAUGAUACAACCAUAGAUGAAGAAGAUGAAAAUGAAGCAGCUUCAUGGUUGUUGUUGAAUCCUCCUGUUAAGAAUAACAAUAAGAACAACAUUAACAAUAACAACAACAAUCAAAAUAACAACUAUGGGAUGUUGUUUGGUGGGGAAGUAGUGGAUGAAUACUUGGAUCUUGCAGAGUAUGGAGGGGAUAGUCAAUUUAACGAUCAGUACAGUGUUAAUCAGCAGCAACAACAUUACUCUGUUCCUCAGAAGAGCUAUGUUGAAGAUAGUGUUGUGCCAGUUCAGAACGGACAGCGAAAAUCUCUGAUUCUUUACCACCAACCGCAACAACAACAACAGCAACAACAACAAAGUCACCACCUGAAUUUUCAGCUUGGAAUGGAGUAUGACAAUUCUAACACUGGAUAUGGUUACCCUGCUUCUUUGAGUCACAGUGUUUCCAUUUCGUCGAUGGAUGUCAGUGUUGUCCCAGAAUCUGCACUAAGUGAAACUUCAAACUCCCACCCACGACCUCCAAAAGGGAACAUUGACCUUUUCUCAGGCCCUCCAAUUCAGAUACCUCCCCCUCCCCAGCUUACUCCAAUGGACAGAGAAGCCAGAGUCCUAAGGUACAGAGAGAAGAAGAAGAACCGUAAAUUCGAGAAAACCAUAAGGUAUGCUUCAAGAAAAGUCUAUGCAGAAACAAGGCCAAGAAUCAAAGGACGAUUCGCGAAAAGAACAGACGUCGCUGAAGCAGACCAGAUGCUUUCCACACAAUUAAUGGCAGAUAGAAUUUAUGGAAUUGUUCCUUCAUAGCAAUGAGUAGAUCAACUAUAAGUCCCUAAACCUAGUAU